AUGCAGUUGCACCCACACCCGCCACCCCCAUACCCCCACCCCACUGCUGCACCUGCAGCAGGGGAAGGAAGAAGAAGGGAGGGGGGGGGGGGGGGGGGGGCUGUGCAUGGCGCGUGCAGAGGGCAGCAGGGCGCGCACAGGGCAGCAGGGCAGCAGGGCGCGCAGGGCGCAGCAGGGCUGCAGGGCGCGCGGGGCGCGCAGGGCAGCAGCAAGGGCUGUAGCGGCAGUAGCAGGGCAGUAGGGCGCACAGGGCUGCAGGGCAGCAGGACAGCAGGGCGCAUAGGGCGCGCAGGGCUGCAGGGCAGCACAGGGCUGCAGAUCCCCUCCCCCCACCGCUGCACCCGCAGCAAGGGUGGAGGAGAAAAGGGGGGGGGGCUGAUGCUGCAACUCCCUUCCCCCCACUGCUGCUGCAGAUCCCCUCCCCCCACUGCUGCACCCGCAGCAGGGGUGGAGGAGAAAAAAGGGGGGGAGGGGGGGGGGGGGGGGGGGGGGGGGCUGGUGCUGCAGAUCCCCUCCCCCCCACUGCACCUCCAAGCUCCCCCCCCUCCCAACACAAAAUACCCUCCCCCCACUGCUGCACCCGCAGCAAGGGUGGAGGAGAAGGGGGGGGAGGGGCUGGUGCUGCAGGGCACCGGGGCCGCGGUUAGGGGCGGCAGGUCGCGAGGGGCCAUGGCUAGGGGCGACGGGGCCAUGGCUAGGGGCGACGGGGCCGGGCGCUGGGCAGGUACGUGGCCGGGCGCUGGGCAGGAAUGGGGCCAGGCGCUGGGCAGGGACUGGGCCGGGCGCUGGGCAGGUACGGGGCCAGGCGCUGGGCAGGUACUGGGCCGGUCGCUGGGCAGGUAUGGGGCCGGGCGCUGGGCAGGUACGGGGCCUGGCGCUGGGCAGGUACGGGGCCGGGCGCUGGGCAGGUACGGGGCCGGGCGCUGGGCAGGUACGGGGCCGGGCGCGGGCAAGAGACGGGGCCGGGCGCUGGGCGAAGGACGGGGCCAGGCGCGGGCUUGGUACGAGCCGGGCGCGGGCUAG